AUGCUUUAUAAUUCGAAUCCUGCCACACAUUCAUCUAUUACACAAGAAGAAAAAAACUACAUAGAGAAUAGUUUACCACCUGCUAACAGAACACAACUACUGUCGACACCAUGGAAGAAAAUCCUGACCUCUGGAAGUUUUUUGGCUCUCCUCCUUGCGCACUGUGGAUUCGACUGGGGUUCACACAUAUUGACGACAGAUAUUCCCAUUUACUUCAAAAACGUCAUGAAAUUUGAUAUCAAGUCAAAUGGGGCUCUGAGUACGCUUCCACUGCUUGUCAAAUGGAGCAUGUCUUUCGUUUUCAGUUUCAUAUCCGAUAUGAUCAUUAUAAAAGGAUUGUGUAAAAUAGGAACCUGCAGAAAAAUAAUGCAUACCAUAGGUUCUUUAGCCCCCUGUAUUGUCCUCAUAGUUCUUGGCAAUAGUGGCCCCGAGGAUGCCUACAAAGCUGUUGUUUUAUUGAUGGUAACGUUUGGAUUUUUGGGCGCCAACAUAAGUGGUUUUUUGUUCAACCAUCUCGAUUUAGCACCAAAUCAUGGAGCUGUUUUGAUGGGCAUAACCAGUCAAUUCGGAACGUUCUGCACUGCAAUUGGAUUGACGACAGUGCAGUAUAUUGUCAUCAAUGAAGGUGAUCCAAAUCAGUGGGGAAUCAUUUUCUACCUGACAUCCGGAAUAUUUAUUGUUUCAGCGGUGAUUUUCAAUACAUUCGGUUCCGGGGAAGUACAGCCGUGGAAUAAUGAACGUAUGAGAACCAAGAAUCGUCGAAAAGAGGACAAUUUAAUUUGAAGUAUGUUUACUAUUUCUGUACCAAUAGUUAUUUUUUGAAAACAUAGGAAAAAAAAGACCCUGAAUUAAAGUAAU